AUGGAUGAUUCAAGGGAAAGUGAUUUAGUUGUUGAUUUGGAAAAUGGCGACAAAACGAGCUCUGAUGAAGAUGAGAUCAAGGAGCAUGUUCUUGACGAAGAAAUGGAUUGGGAUGAGGUUGCAGGUCGAGAUGGAUCAACCUGGAGGGAUGAAGGAUUGAAUAUUCCAAGCAAGAGUUCGUUUAUUUCAGGUGAGGCUGUCAAGGUGAUCGAUCAGGCAGGGCAAGGUAGUAAGGAGAAGAAAAUAUCGGGGGAGAAAAAGCAAAAGAGGGGCUCGAAGAAGCCUACUAAACCACCGCGGCCACCUGGUGCUCCAUCGUUGGUCGACGAAGCUGAUAUCAAGUUAGUUAGAGAAAUCUGUGAACUUUCCAGGUUGAGGCGUGCAAGGUAUGAACGAAUCAAGGCAUUAAGGAAAAUGAGAGCUGAUAAGGCAUCUUUAUCGAAGAGUAUCUUGGGUUCUCAUGUAUGA